GGUUCUUCUGAGCAUGUGUCUGUAUGCUGCUUAGCUGUUAGCAUUCAGAGAUGGCCGCAGACAGACAAAACGAAGCCAAAGUUCCAACCUUGGAUGAAAAUAAAGAAAAUUUGCCAGAUGGAGGACUAGGAUUGGAAAUUUUGCAAAUCAUCAAGGAGUCCCAGCAGCAGCAUGGCCUUAGGCACGGAGACUACCAGAGAUACAGGGGCUACUGCUCUCGCAGACUGCGACGCCUGCGCAAGACUCUUGGCUUCAAGAUGGGCAACCGGCAUAAGUUUGUUGGGAAGAAAAUUACUGUUGAAAUGCUUUCUGACAGCAGGUACCUGUUGCUGGUUUUGAUGGAGGCUGAGCGUGCAUGGAGUUAUGCCAUGCAGUUGAAACAGGAAGCCAAUACAGAACCACGUAAACGUUUCCAUCUGCUGGCAAGGUUGCGUAAAGCUGCCAAGCACAGUGAGAAGCUGGAGAAGCUGUGUGAGAGCCCUCGUGUUGAUGCCAAGACCAAACUGGAGGCCCAGGCCUACACAGCAUAUCUGACUGGCAUGGUGGAGUUUGAACUGCAGGAAUGGAAGCGGGCAAUGGAGGCCUUCAACAAGUGCAAAACCAUCUAUGAGAAGCUGGCCAGUGCAUUCACUGAGGAGUUGGCAGUGCUAUAUCGCCAGCGUGUGGAUGAAAUAUCACCCAACAUCCGCUACUGUGCUUACAAUAUUGGUGACCAGAAUGCCAUCAAUGACUUGAUGCAGAUGAGGCUGACUGGAGGAGGUGGAGGCAUGAUGGCAGAAAAACUAGAGGCCCUCAUCACUCAGGCAAGAACUAAGCAAGCAGCCACUAUGAGCGAGGUAGAGUGGCGAGGGCGAACAGUGCCCGUGAAGAUUGACAAGGCUCGCAUCUUCCUGUUGGGACUGGCAGACAACGAGGCUGCCAUUGCUCAGGCGUCUAAUGAGGAGACCAAAGAGCAUCUGUAUGAGACCCUGUUGGCUGAAUGCAGAGACACCAUCCAGGCUGUGAGAGAGGAACUCAAAGCUGAGGCGAAGCAGCGUGAGAGGAGCUCUGAUAGUGACAGCGGCAAAGUGUCCAACAUGCAGUUUCUGCACAGCUACUUGACCUACAUCAAGCUGUGUACGCUGGUCAAGAGAAAUGAAAGCAUGGCCCAUACACUGCAGGCCAAGCUGAAGGAACCCGAGGCUGACGAGACCAAGAGGGGCCCCCGCCCACAGGACCUCAUCCGCCUCUAUGAUAUCAUCCUGCAGAGUUUGGCUGAGCUGUCCACCCUGCAGGGUCUGGAGGAUGACCAUACCUUCCAGAAGGAGGUGUCCCUCAAGACGCUGGUCUACAAGGCUUACAGAUGUUUCUUUAUAGCCCAGUCAUAUGUGCUGGUGAAGAAGUGGAGCGAGGCCCUAGUGCUGUAUGAGAGGGUGCUGAAAUAUGCCAAGGAGGUCCAGUCUAAGGCUAAGAGCCUCAACAACAGCCUCAAGGAUCUACCUGACGUUCAGGAACUCAUUGCUGAAGUCAGCGCUGAAAAAUAUUCACUUCAAGCUGCUGCCAUUUUAGACACCGACGACACUGCUGAAGUCCCUGCUCAGCAGCAGGUGAAAGACAACACGCCACUCUGCGAUCGCCUGGAGACCUUCCGCCUCGACACUACCCUCGUAGGAAAGCACCCCAAUCUGGUCCAGUUCCCACCUGACUUCCAGCCGAUCCCCUGCAAACCGCUGUUCUUCGACCUGGCGCUCAACCACGUGGCCUUCCCGCCGCUGGACGACAAGGUGGAGCAGAAGGGCAAGGGCGGCCUGACCGGCUACAUCAAGGGCAUCUUCGGCUUCGGCAGCUAAAUCAAACACAAGGCUUUGACUCCCUGGGUUUACCGCAAACAAAACCGACUUGGGUCAGUUGUUAAUUCGAAUGGUUUCAGUUACAUUUAAAUUUUUCUUGCCUCACACCGUGAUGGGUGCAACAGCAGGUCUGAGGAAGUGGGUCUAAUCAAUAAAGAAAGGAGGUAAAGUAAUUGAAUCAGUUUCAAGUAGCAGUAUGACCCAAGUCCACCUGCCAUCUUUAGUUGUAACAUCCAGCUGCAUGGGUUCCUCAUACUGACGCCCUCUGUCAUUUCAGCGUCGGAGGUGUGUCUGUGACUCCAGAGUUUCACCGGCCAUGCCAUGGUUUUGAUACUUAAGCCAAGGUGUCAGUUUUACAAUCCUGUCAGGGUCAAUAAGCCACUCUGACCUCUCCUUUUUUUGUCUUUUUAUUUUUGUCAGUGUUAUGUAAGCGCCUUCAUGUACUUAUGUUUCCUUUUUUAUUUCCCCUUGAUUUAGAUUUGAACAUUUCUUAAACCUAAAUUUUACAUGGGAGUGCAGUCUUAUCUCUGCUCCAGCUUUGGUUUUUUAAAUGUAAAAUAGAGUUCAUGAACUAUAAAAACUAAUCAUGUUACCUGUAGUUUGGCAAAAUCCAUCAUCAUCAUCAAUGCCUACCUGUGUUUACAGUCUCUGUUCCACAAAUUGAGCCCUCACCCACUUUUUUAAAAAGUAUUUAACAUGACACCUGAAGAAAUAAAACACUAUAUGGUCACAAUAUUCCACUGGAUACGCUGUUAAAAGAGCACAAGGAGGAGGAUUCCUUCACACCUGCACGGUUUACUCUGCUCUUAGAGGUUUUACUGAGGCCUCAUCAGAGAAUCUAAACUAAAGACCUUAAAACAGAAAACGGCUGUAUAACAUUAGUGAACAUACUGUGUACUCUGACACGGGUCCAACUGAUUCCACUUUACAUUUAGUGAGGGCAAGUAAUCACACAUGUAUUUUGUGAGGCAACGGUUGUUUCCUGAAGUAUUUGUUUUAUCAAAAUGCCAUCAUUUUCAGUUUAUAGGUGUGAGUUGACUCUUACGAAGGUUUUAAUCACACCUCCGAGCAUGUUCGACUCCGCUGUUUUCAUGACCAACAGAACAAUCUUUUGUUUUUUUUUUUGUCAUCCUUUGCAGACUUGCAUCUUCUUUCCACACCAAAAGCAUCUCACUCCUUUAGGCUGGGUUCAUACUACAGGUUUGGAUUCAUCGCUCAGAUCAGAUAUUUUUUUUAUCUAGUGUCAGGCUCCAGUAUAAACUAUACUGAUCCUGCAUCUGCAAAAGAAUAACCACAUCACACAGCAGGCUGUUGUACUGAAGGCAGCAUUUACGGUUUCAUUUAUAACUCGAUGAGCAGUGGAAGCUGUACUUAAUGAGGAGACAAUUAGGUUCCAGUAGAAUGAGAUUUUUUUUUUUUUUUUUUUUGUAGAAAAUAUCUCUAUUUUAUAGUAUCUGGUGUAAAUUAUCUAAUUGUCGGUUACAAGGACCCUUAAGGGAAUGAAGACGAGGGUUGUGAAUUCGGCAAACACUAUUAUCAAAACCUGGCAUCAUGUAUAAUGGAAGUAUGUGUGAAAUGUCUCCCUUUGGAAAAUAAAUAAUAAUAAAAUAGACCCUGAACUGGUUUAUCUACUGUCUGAGCUGAAGAAAUAAAAUUGAGAGGACCUUAAAAAGGAAAAAUCAAACUAUGUCCUUAC